AUGCCUCGUUCAAAGCGCGCGCGCGUCGUCCAUGAGUCCAAGACUGUCAAGAAGGACCACAAGGAGCAAACCCGCAGACUCUAUGCCAACAUUCGGGAAUGUAUGGAGGAAUAUGACCAUCUGUUUGUCUUCGCCGUCGACAACAUGCGCAACACAUACCUGAAGGAUGUGCGUGCCGAGUUCUCAGACAGCCGUCUUUUCUUCGGUAAGACGAAGGUUAUGGCCAAGGCACUUGGUAACAACCCCGAAACUGAAGCUGCACCUAAUGUGCACCGCCUCACCCCCUACCUGGCCGGUGCCGUCGGUCUGCUCUUCACCUCCCGCGCUGCUGAAUCUGUCACCGAAUAUUUCGACACCUUCCGCCCCUCGGAUUUUGCCCGUGCCGGCACUGAGGCUACUCGCUCCUUCAGCAUCCCUAACGGCCUCGUCUACCAGCAUGCCGGUGAGAUCCCUGCCGAGCACGAUGAGCCCAUUAGCCACACCAUUGAGCCUGCUCUGCGCAAGUUGGGCGUCCCCACUCGUCUCGUUAAGGGUAAGGUCAUGCUCGAAUUGACCGAGGGCCAAGAAGGUUUCCCAGUGUGCCGCAAAGGAGAAACUCUUGAUUCGCGCCAGACAACCCUGAUGAAGAUGUUUGGUGUUACAUCUUCCGAGUUCAAGGUUGAGCUUAAGGCUUCCUGGUCGCGGAAUACCAACGAGGUGAAGAUUCUGGAGCAGGGCGAUAUGGAAGUUGAUGCAUAG